AUGAAACUUCACAUAUUUAGAUCUCCUCAAAUAUCAUUAAAGUACGAUGAAAAUAAUAACAAAGAAGAAUAUCCUGGUUUAAGUAUACUACGUAAUAAAUUUGGUAAUAAUAUGGCAAGCAUUAAUUACAUAGAUGAUCAAUUUUUACUUAGAUUUUUGAAGGCAAGACAAAUGAAUGUUAAUAAAGCUAUAGUUAUGCUUGAAAAUUAUUUUAAUUGGAGAAAGGUUCAUAAUAUUGAUUUAUUAAUAAAAACUAAACGAGAGACAAUUAGAUUAGAAUUUUAUCCUAGAGCUUAUCAUGGUAUUGAUAAAAUAGGAAGACCAAUUUAUAUUGACUGUAUUGGUAGGAGUAAUAUCAAGCAACUUCUUAAUGAUUAUUCUGAAAAAAGUAUAUUAAAUUAUUGGAUCUAUGAAUAUGAAUUUCUUUUAAAUGUAAUAUUCCCAGCUUGCUGUAUACAAAGAUGUAAAAAAGCUGGAUUAGACCUAAAUUUAUAUAAAACAACUUGUUUUGAAACUUUGAAUAUUAUUGAUUUACAUGGCUUAGGUAUUAGCCAAUUUAAUUCAACUUGUAGAAAAAUAAUGAGAGAACUUAUUCACGUUAGUCAAAACUAUUACCCAGAACUUUUAGGUCAAAUGUUUAUUGUAAAUGCUCCAAGUAUAUUUACAGUUAUAUGGAGUUUUGUAAAGUCACUAUUAGAUGAAAAGACUGUAAAAAAAAUAUCAGUUUAUAGUAGCAAAGAUAAUUGGAAAAAGAAACUUUUAGAAUAUAUUGAUGAAAAUCAAUUACCAGAAUUUCUUGGUGGUACUGGUCCAAAAGAUGAUGAAUGGCUUUAUUAUAAUUUUGGACCUUGGGCAGAUUUCGAUAUAUUAUCAUUGAUAGCAAAGAAAUAUCCAAAAAUACCACGGGAUUUUUUAUUUUCUCACUAUUCUCCUAAUUCAUAUGAAGAAAACAUUAUUUCUAAUUAG